CGAUCAUAUUGCUAACAAUGACCCAGUACCUCAUCACGGCAAGAAACUCACUCCCAAGCGAAAUCGAUAUCAUCACAAGAUCAUUUCGUAAUUAUUGAUUUUUGUAUACAAAAGGCAAUCGGAGGCUCAAAGCUCAUCACACGAAAAAAAAUGGUCUCGAGUUCUUUGCAUUCUUCUUUCUCACUCGUUCGCCAAAAUGGCGUUGCUGGACUCACGAACGAUGACGGUCUCUCUGUCGUUAUUCUUUUUGCCCGUACUGAUUCUAUGUGUCAUUCUCAGUCUGCCAUUGAUCGCAUUUGUUGUUUCAACACUUUAUGUUAUAGCUUGGGUAGUAUACCUUUAUGCAGCUCAAUCCGACACGUCUUUCAAUCUUCCAUACAGCCCAACUCGUAUUUUGAAAGUGAAUUAUGCCGUUUUGCAUAUGGUUAUUGGUCUGUUCACCUAUAUACCUAUCGCUGGAAGCUACUUCAUCUGGAGAUACAUCAGCCUCAGUACAACCGACUUUGACCGCAUCAUCAGGCGAAAUAUUCCAUACGAUGAGGACAAUCAGGCUGCUCAAUUAGAUUUAUAUUUGCCAUCGACGAAGAGCAGCUCUCCCAACCCAAUAGUUGUUUUUAUUUACGGAGGAUCAUGGUCUUCUGGUUCUAAAAACAUGUACACCACCAUGGCAAACACACUUCGGGAAUUAGGUUACAUAGUAGUCCUUCCUGAUUAUCGUAAAUACCCAGAGGUGAAGGCGGAUGCGAUGUAUCAAGAUAUACGAAAGGCUAUCAGAUGGGCUUAUACACAUGCCCAUGAGUUCAACGGAGACGUGGAACAAAUUCACAUCAUGGGUCAUAGUGCCGGAGCUCAGCUAGCCUCACAAACCGUUUUGAUGGAUGUAGUACGAUUCAUUCGUGCUAACGACAAGCAGCUUCAGCAAGCCAAGCGAACCGAGAAUAGUUUGCUUGAUAACGGAAACAUUGACACAUCACGAAAUGCCCUUCCUAGAAUCGAAGGCCUCAUAUUGCUGGCUGGUGUGUACAACAUCGGCUCACAUCUGGAACACGAAACCUAUCGUGGCGUAGAAAAGAUUUCAGCCAUGGCAAGAGCUAUGGGCGGUAAUCAAGAGUCGUUCAAGAAGAACUCACCCAUCACCCUCAUUCGCCAGAAUAAGGAUAUGUUUGAACAUUCUACAGCUUUGACCAGCCAUAUGCCGAGAAUUUUAUUCAUCCACGGUGAGAAGGAUGCAGUCGUCCCAGUUCAACAAUCCAUCGACAUGUACAAUGCUCUUGGUGAAGUAUUGCCACCGGCAAAGAGGGACGAUGUAGAUGUUAGAAUGAGAUUAUAUAAGAAGAUGGGUCAUGCCGAAUGUGUCACUGGUAAGUUUUGUCAUGGAUAAAUGCUCUAGAGAUAUGCUGAUUGAUCUGACAUUUCGAUCUCAUGGUAUAGCUCUUAUGCAAAACUUGAUGGGACGGAGCCGUUUCCGAAAGUCUCUUGCUCAUGAUAUACGGGAAUUCAUUGAACUUCCACCAUAUACUGAAGAAUGAUAAAAGAAACAUAUUUGCAUUUUACAACUCGAAAACCUUUCAUACGAUUACCACACUUUCCAACCCCAUUUC